GAGGGUGCGAGACCCCGGUAGACUGAGAUCAGACAACAGGCAGAGGCCAGGCAACCCAGACGGAGGAGCGGCGAGAAGCCGACGGGGAGACGGGCCUCGAUGUGGGGUCGAGAGAGGAAUGGAGGCCGAGGCGGUCACGAGGACAGGUGUGAAGAGAGAGCUCAGGGUGCGCGGGAGAGACAAACAAGCUGAAGAGGAUGUGGGGGCCCAGCCAAGGCAGCAGGGCAGCCGCCCGCCCCCCACAUUCCCCGCAAGAGUGGGAGAGGGAGGGCAGCCUGAGUCUUCACUCCCAGGGCCAGAUGUGGAGGGAGGAGCCAGCUGUGGGCGCGUGGACAGACGGACAGGCAAGACUGCGUCCUCCCCACCUUCGCUUGUCACGGGUAUCCGGGUCUGAGGUCCCAGGUGGGACGGGGAACCGAACCGGCUUGCGCCUCUGGGUCUCGGCUUCUGUGCGUCAGCCCCGCCCGUUGUCCUGGCAACAGGCCGUUGCCGGGGCAACCAGCGCUACCUUCACCCCGCCCUCGCGGAGCCAGCCGUUGCUCUGGGCAAACCGGUGCGCUGGUUCCCACGCCUGCCCUCGCCCACUUCCGGUUCAGGCCCCGGGGAAGGGCAAGGAAGGGACAGAAGUCAGCGGGAUUGGAUUCCUGGCGGCCUUGGAGGGAGGGGGCGUCCCUUGGGAUGAGACUUGGUCCUGGAAUCCACCCAAGCCCUCGCCCUCCGUCGCAGGAAGGCUGAAACAACAACCCCCAGCAUGCCUCGCGGCGGUUGGCAGGUUCCCAUACGGGACCAUACGGCCCAGGGCGCCGAUGGGAGUUGGAGUUCUUGUUGUUCGGAUGGCUCAACGGAUGCACGGGGUGGGUGUGGGGGGACUAGAGCGUUUGGGUGCCUCCGCAGAAAGAACAGUAAGACCCCGCCGCCAUGUUCCCGGAGCCCCCAACACCGGGGCCUCCAGCGACCGACACGCCUCCUGACUCGAGUCGCAUCAGCCACGGCCCUGUGCCCCCCUGGGCUCUGGCCACCAUCGUGCUGGUCUCAGGCCUCCUCGUCUUCAGCUGCUGUUUCUGUCUCUACCGGAAGCGUUGUCGGAGGCGGAUGGGCAAGAAGAGCCAGGCUCAAGCCCAGGUCCACCUUCAGGAAGUGAAGGAGCUGGGCCGGAGUUACAUAGACAAGGUGCAGCCAGAAGUGGAGGAGCUGGAGCCGACACCAUCUGGGCCAGGGCAGCAGGUGGCAGAGAAGCAUGAACUAGGACGACUACAGUACUCACUGGAUUAUGAUUUCCAGAGUGGCCAGCUGCUGGUGGGCAUCGUGCAAGCUGAGGGAUUGGCAGCCUUGGACCUCGGUGGCUCCUCUGACCCCUACGUGCGGGUUUACCUGCUGCCAGACAAACGGAGGCGGCACGAGACCAGGGUGCAUCGGCAGACGCUGAACCCACACUUUGGGGAGAACUUUGCCUUCAAGGUCCCCUACGUGGAGCUGGGGGGCAGGGUACUGGUCAUGGCAGUAUACGACUUCGACCGCUUCUCCCGCAACGACGCCAUUGGGGAGGUGCGGGUCCCCAUGAGCUCCGUGGACUUGGGGCGGCCAGUACUGGCCUGGCGGGAGCUGCAGGCGGCUCCUCGGGAGGAGGAGAAACUAGGUGACAUCUGCUUCUCCCUCCGCUAUGUCCCCACGGCUGGGAAGCUCACCGUCAUCGUCCUGGAGGCUAAAAACCUGAAGAAGAUGGAUGUAGCAGGGCUGUCAGAUCCGUAUGUCAAGGUCCACCUGCUGCAGGGCGGCAAAAAGGUGCGGAAGAAGAAAACGACCAUCAAGAAGAAUACUCUGAACCCCUAUUACAACGAGGCCUUCAGCUUCGAGGUGCCCUGUGACCAGGUCCAGAAGGUUCAGGUGGAGCUGACUGUGCUAGACUACGACAAGCUGGGCAAGAACGAGGCCAUCGGGAGGGUGGCCGUAGGGGCAGCGGCCGGGGGCGCUGGCCUGCGGCACUGGGCAGACAUGCUGGCCAAUCCCCGGCGGCCCAUCGCCCAGUGGCACUCGCUGCGGCCCCCUGACCGAGUGAGGCCACCGCCAGCACCCUGAUCCCCACCCUCAAGCCCCUGACCCCAGACUCCUGGCCAAAGCCACGUCCAUGCCCACCUUUAAGCCUUCUCUGAACGCUAACACCCGCCCCCCACUCUACCCAUUCCUGCCUUCUCCCCACCCCCAUUAUGCCAAUCAUGAUAACCUGCCAACUCCCCCAAUAUGGCACAUGCCCAGAAGCCCCAGGGACCCCUGGAGGAGGGGAGCAGUCUGGGCUCCCGCCAUCCCAGGGUCCCGCCCUCUGCUUUGACAAUCAGUGAUCCCAGCCUACUAUCCCCUUGGCUCCCAGUACCCCUUUUCCUGCACAGUAUCACCCACUCCUGUCCCCGGUCUGAUUCCUGCACCGCUCCUGGGACCAAAUAAAUACUCAGCAACUUUGCUGGCCUGGACCGGUGCUCCUUGAUGGGGGUGGGUAGGGGUGAGGACUGGGAACCCAGGAGGGACCCUCCAGGGGUGGGAUCACACAAGGGCAGGGAUAGGGCUGCCUAUCCUGGAAACACACACGGAAACUCACCCACCCACUCAUCCAUCCAUCCUUUCACCCACUCACUCUCCCAUUCACUCCCUCACUUAUUCAUUCACUCACCCCUCCAAGCUUCAGCUUCCUCAUCUGAAAACAAUCAUGAUAAUACUAAUACCUACUGUACAUUUGCUGUGAGGAGUCAAUGAGAAUUCACUUAGUUAUUCAUGAAUUUAUCCGCUCCCUCACCCAUGAUUUACAUAGAUUUUCAUACCCAUAUUUCCCUCCCUCCCUUUCUUUCUUCCUUGCAUCAUCCAUCCUUUCUAUAUUCCCUGAGGCCCUCUGUGUGCCAGCUUCUGUUGGAUGCUGGGGACCCCCAAAUAGAUGCAAAUCCAGACUUUACUUCCAAGCAACUUAUUGUCAUCAAGGAAACAAAGUAGAUAUGCAGCGUCUAGGAAUGAAAUCCCCAGAGAAUGAGAGAAAGGGCAAGAUUUCCUCAGGGAGACACAGUAGUUCCAGCUACACCUCAUUCUUU